CGCACCUGUGUGCGUACGUCUCCUUUCAGUACAUAACGAGUACGAUCGAUCGCACAUGGCCGUCUCCCCGAGAAAAUUGCAUUACGGCCAUGGAGCGCGGGAAAUGAGAAGAUCUCGACUUCUUGAGUAAUCCUCCUUACUCCUUGGCGUUCAAGACAUCUGGCCGAUAAAUUAGUCCGUCAUUUUUUGCCUGCCAAACAACUCCGUAAUCAAAGGGCUCUUAACUGACCAUUUCUUACUUUAUACUUGAUAACUUUCAAACGAACGCCAUUGCCAAGUGCAUCACAAUGUUAAAGCUAACCACAGCCAUCCUAUUGCUUCUCUCGGCCAAUGAUGGUGACUGUUGCUUUGGUCAACGAUCGCAAACUCGAGCCGCCGAUCGAAGGGGUAUACGGAAAUCCGAUACAAAGUUAAUGCGGCUGAACUCACCAGGACAGAGAUUUACCGCAACGCAUGGCAUUCAACUCAAAGCCGGACAACAUCAGAAUAUGAUCUUUGUGGUGGAUCGCGAUGAUGUGAGAUAUAUGUCGGUAAGUGCCAAUAUCGCUCUCCGAGGUACCUUAGGAGCUCCCGACAAAUAUGACCUCUUCCUCAAGAAGAAUAGCCCGCCCACGCCAAUACACUAUGAUACAAAAGCCACCGUUACAGCGGCCGAAAGCUACGUGGGAUCGGUGUUGUACAGUCGAGACAUCACGAUUCCGAAACCCGCGCAAGGCAAUUACCAUUUAUUACUGAUUGCCCGAGAAUCUUUUUCGGACCUCCUGAUCACAGCCAUCAUGGAUUACCCACACAACCAGACGGAGAACAAUCUCUCACUCCAGUACUCUUACACUUGACGGAAAAAGCUUGGCCAAUGUCAGGGAAUUCAAUGUGCUAUAUAAUAUCCUACUCAAAACUCGCACGUAUCGUUUGAUUAUUCAGUUGGUUGCGACGCGUUGAACGAAAGAAACGUUCGCGAUGGUCACUUCGGCAGAUCAAGUUUUUCCGAUCCCUCAGCCUCGAUUCGGGCAGGUAACACGGGAGGUGAGAGUCGAACUUUGGCAGGAUAACGCGUGCCUGCGAUCUCAAUCUCGUAGUCACCCGAUCGGACCCACUCGUCCGUGACUCCAUCUUGAUCGUCUUGUCUGUGAACGAAGCCCAGAGCCACGUGG